AUGGCGCACCGGCAGACGGCCCUCCCCGGCCCGCGUGCCCAGCGCCCGCCCGCCCCCGCCGGCCGCGCCGCGACCCGCCGCCGCGCGGCCGUUCGGCGCACCGAGGCCUCCCUCUCUGCACAGCCCGCCUCGGCGGCCGGUGCGUCCGCGUCCCUGGCUGCCGCGCAAUACCGGUCCCUCCAGACCAGCAGCGGCGGCCGGACGCCCCUCAAAUAUGCGUCUCCCUGGGGUUCAAACGAGCGCCGUGCGGCGCUUGUGGCGCGUAUCAGGGACGCGGCGUCAGUGGAGUCCCUCGUCUCGGUGUGGGCGGCCAACCGGCAGCUGCUCGGGCCCGCUGAGGUGGCGGUCAUGUUUCACCAGCUGGCGCGGGUGGCGGACCCGGCCAAGCUGUCCCUCAAGGGCAUGGAGAUGAGCAAGGCGCUGCUGCGAGAGCUGCUGAUCCACUCUGAGGACCGCAUGGCCUCAAUGGCAGGCCCCGAGUUUGCCUACAUCAUAGCAGCCCUUGCAAAGCUCAAGAGCGGGCCGGACACCGCCUGGCUCAACAGGCGCGCAAAGGGGGGCGGGGGCGGCCGCGCACGCGGCGCUCCGGUCGGCGGACGGCGGCUGCUGGGCGGCGGCUCUUUUGCCUGUGGCUCAUUUGCAGGCGGCAUCAGGCCGUGGAUGGCAGUGAGCCGCGGGAAGCUGGAGGGCCUCACGGCGGAGCAGCUGGCGGUCGCGCUGCGCGCGCUGUGCCGCCUGGAGAUGCGCCCCAAGGACGUGAAGCAGUGCAUCGCGUUUCCCGCUUGGAUGUCCCUAUACAUGGCCGCCAUGAGGCCGCGGCUGGCGCAGUGCGGCGCGUACGACGCGAGCCGGCUGCUGGACUGCCUGGCAGAGCUCGGGCACAGGCCAGACCGGGAGUUCAUGGCGGCUUGGUGCGCGUGCAUGCAGCCCAAGCUGGCAUCCCUGGACGCGGGCGCCCUCGCCCGUGUGAUGGGCUCCAUGGCCGCGAUCAGGUUCGAGCCGGAGCCCUCCUUCAUGCGGGCCUACUGCUCUGAGGUGUACCAGAAGCUGCCCCUCUUCGACGACAGGGACCUGGCCACCGCGCUGACCGCCUUCACAGCCCUCAAGCGCCUGGCCAAGCACGACUUCCUGGGGGAAUUUCUGGAGGAGGUUGCCGGCAAGUUGCCCACCUUCGGCCCCAAGGCCCUGGGCAACGUGCUGUGGGCGCUGGGCACGCUGCGUUACGCGCCGCCCGCCCACUGGCUGGACCGGGUCGCGGCGCACCUGGAGUCUGAGCUCUGGCGGUUCCAGGGCCGCGCCCUGGCGGCGAGCCUCUGGGGCCUGGCGCGCUGCGGGUACCGGCCGACUGAGGAGUGGGUGAUCUCCGCCCUCGACGCGUCCAUGAGCAAGCUGCGCUCGCUGGACGCGGGCGGCUGCGUGAUGGCGGCGCAGGCGCUGGCGGCGUUCGGGUUCCGGCCGGCGGCCGGGUCCGCGGCGUUCGCCAAGUGGGCGCGGUGGUGGGAGGCGUUUGGCUUUGCGGCGGAGGCGCGGAGGUUCCGCCCGGCAGAGGUGUGUGACUUCCUGGUAGCUGCCACGUCCCUGGGGAUGCCCCUGGACUCGCAG